UCAUCAAAACCUUCACGGUAUUCUUCAGCUUUACCAUCAGAUUUUUUGUUCUUACCACCACCUGGAACAACCAUAACAACUGAAGUUGGUCUCUUUGUAGCACCUGCAGAACCUAAAUCUUCUUUGGAUGGAAUAAAGACAAAUGGAACAGCACUGUCUUCACACAAGACUGGGAUAUGUGAGAUAACAUCUGGUGGAGAAAUAUCACCAGCAAUAAUAACUAAACCUUUUUCACCUUUUCUUAAAGCCUUAACAACUUCUUUAACACCUCUUUUAACAUGUUUAGCUUUUGAAGCUUUUUUAACAGUCUUUAAAACUUUUUUGUUCAAUUUCUUUGGGGCCAAUGGUUUAGCAAAUGGCAAAACAGCUGACAUUCUUUUUUCAUAG